CAAUGAAAACACAGGGAUUUCGAUCCUCUUGAUUCAAUUAUCCGGUGCUGUUUCGGUAUAAAUAUAUGCCAAGCAACGAUCUACCAUCAUUGCAUUUUAGCAAAUUUACAGCAUCAUGCCAGCAAAAGCUCCCCCCGUCGUAGGAAAGAAAGGAGAAAAGAAAGCAGGCAAGAAGGCCGCGCUUGGUGACAAGAAGAAAAGGAGGUCCAAAAGAAAGGAAUCCUAUGCCAUCUACAUCUACAAAGUCAUGAAGCAAGUCCAUCCUGACACUGGUAUCUCCAGCAAGGCCAUGAGCAUCAUGAACUCCUUUGUCAAYGAUGUCUUCGAGCGYAUCGCUGGUGAAGCUUCCMGMCUYGCUCACUACAACAAGAAGUCCACCAUCACAUCUCGGGAAAUCCAGACGGCCGUUCGUCUUCUUCUCCCUGGUGAACUGGCCAAGCACGCAGUCAGUGAAGGCACCAAGGCUGUCACCAAGUACACCAGCAGCAAGUAAACAGUUCAACCGUUUACUAAAAACAAAAAAAACGGCUCUUUUAGGAGCCACCACAUGAAGCAAAAGCUUUGACAAAUGCUUGUCCUUUCACCCAAACAUCAUUAACCUAUUGCCAAACAGAUCUUGUAUAACUAC